AUGCUCCAGAAAGGUCUCGAUCCCAAAAAUCCCAUUCAUGUACAACUCACUUCCGCCACGCCCUCAAUCCGAGGCAUGAUUGGCUCGGCUCUGAAAACUGUCUUUAUCGUCUCCAUCGGAUUUGCCUGUAUUGGUGCCUUAUUGGAUGACAAAGGCAUUGGUCGGGGCAUGGGGGGAAUGAACUCGAAUAGCAAACACGUUCAAGAAGCCGAACAAGACGGGCGUAAGGUCAAGUUUGAGGACGUUAAGGGCGUUGAGGAAGCCAAGGCGGAAUUGGAAGAAAUCGUCAUGUACUUGAAAGAUCCAUCCAAAUUUACACGUUUGGGCGGAAAACUCCCACGGGGCUUGCUCUUGACGGGACCUCCGGGAACCGGUAAGACAUUGCUAGCCAAAGCGAUUGCUGGCGAAGCUGAUGUACCCUUUUUUUAUUCGAGUGGCUCCCAGUUUGAAGAAGUUUACGUUGGUUUGGGUGCCAAACGCAUCCGAGAAUUGUUCGAAGCCGCCAAAAAGAAGGCACCGGCGAUUAUCUUUAUCGACGAAAUUGACGCCGUCGGUGGAACACGGCGGUUGAAGGAUCAGUCGGCCUUGAAGAUGACGCUGAACGAGUUGUUGGUGCAGUUGGACGGUUUCGACGAAAACAAUGGUAUUAUUGUAAUUGGAGCGACCAAUUUCAUGGAGUCACUAGACGAGGCCUUGCUGCGACCAGGUCGGUUUGACAAGCACGUGUCGGUGCCGCUUCCAGAUGUGGGUGGUCGCAAGGAGAUUCUGGAAAUGUACGCUAAGAAAACAAAACUUUCCAAGGACGUCGACUUGAAUAUUCUGGCGCGAGGCACAACCGGUUUUUCAGGGGCGGAUCUUUUCAACCUUAUGAAUCAAGCCGCAUUGAAGGCAUCAGUAGACGGAUUGAACGCUAUCAAUAUGACGGUUUUGGAAUUCGCCAAGGACAAGAUUCUCAUGGGCGCCGAGCGAAAGACAGCAGUCAUUACCGCCGAAACGGCUCGAUGCACCGCCUAUCACGAAGCGGGUCACGCUCUUGUUGCGGUACUGACGGAAGGAGCGACACCGAUUCAUAAGGCAACGAUCAUGCCGCGUGGUUCGGCGUUGGGAAUGGUGACCAUGUUGCCCGAAGGUGAUCAGACUAGUCAGAGCUUAAAGCAGAUGUUGGCUUUUUUGGAUGUUGCCAUGGGCGGUCGUGUUGCAGAAGAAUUGAUCUUUGGUAAACCGGAGGUGACGUCGGGUGCAUCUAGCGAUAUUCUAAACGCGACUCGUGUAGCACGCAACAUGGUGACCAAGUUUGGCUUCAGCGACGAAGUCGGCAUCGUCUUUCAUGGUGGCAAUAACGGCGAAGAGAGUGCGUCAGCCGAAACACGGGCAAGGAUUGAUAGUGAAGUCAAAAAGUUGACCGAGCAAGCCUACAAACGUGCCAAAGAUUUGCUCUCACGGCAUAGCGUAGAACACAAGUUACUGGCGGAAACGUUGCUAGAAUACGAAACCUUGACCGGAGACGAAGUCCGAGCGUUAGUCAAGAGGCGCGAAAAGCCA